GCGCGCUAUUACCACCUCCCUCCUUUCCCCAUUUUGCUUUCUCCUCUCACAGCUGAAGAUAACUUCCUGACUCUGUAAAAAGCUGUUGUUUUUUUUUUGGAAGUUGACCAGCCAUCAAGUUUCAGCGUUUACCCUGCUGCUUCUGUCUAUACUGAAGACAUCCCUCUGUCUGACUGACACUAGAGAGUCCAGCAAAAGUUGAUCUCAAGAAGUUUCUCAAGUCACAACCCCAGCAACCACAAUGGAGCUUCAGAAGAUGAAUGGACACAGCAGGGAUGAUGGGUUCGAUGGGCUAGAAGCCUUGGCUGAACAUGAGGAGUUUCUCCCCCAUAAACCUGGAGUCAAAAAAGAAAACCACUUUACAGAUUUCGAGGGAAAGACUUCAUUUGGCAUGUCCAUCUUUAACCUCAGUAACGCCAUUAUGGGCAGUGGAAUUCUGGGAUUGGCCUAUGCAAUGUCCAACACCGGAAUCAUUCUUUUUUUAAUCCUGUUGGUGUCCAUUGCCAUUCUGUCUGCAUAUUCAAUUCAUCUCCUGCUGAGAAGUGCUGGAGUCGUCGGCAUCCGGGCUUAUGAGCAGCUUGGGAAUCGGGCUUUUGGUCCCCCAGGAAAAAUUCUGGCCGCAUGCAUCAUUACAGUACACAACAUUGGAGCAAUGUCUAGCUACCUCUUCAUCGUCAAGUCUGAGCUCCCACUGGUUAUUCAAGCGUUCCUAAAUAAACACGAAAACACAGGAGAGUGGUUCUUGAAUGGAAACUACUUGAUCAUCAUUGUUAGCGCUGGCAUCAUUCUUCCUCUAGCACUCAUGAAACAACUUGGUUACUUGGGCUAUACAAGUGGCUUCUCCCUCUCCUGCAUGGUGUUCUUCCUAAUUUCGGUUAUCUACAAGAAAUUCAACAUCCCGUGUCCCCUGGGAGAUCAUAACAUAACUCAUAUAGCUGAUCACCACACUGUCAUUAAUGGGACAGACGACUUCUGUGAGGCCAAACUAUUUACCACCAACUCACAGACAGCAUACACCAUCCCAAUUCUGGCCUUUGCUUUUGUCUGCCACCCAGAGGUGCUACCAAUCUACACUGAGCUGCGAGAUGCCACCAAGAAACGUAUGCAGACUGUUGCCAACAUCUCCAUCCUGGCCAUGUUUGUCAUGUACCUGCUGACGGCUCUUUUUGGUUACCUCACCUUUUUUGGUGCUGUUGAGUCCGAGCUGUUGCACACCUACAGUCGAGUGGACCCCCUGGAUGUCCUGGUUCUCUGCGUGCGUCUGGCUGUGCUGGUGGCCGUUACUCUGACUGUCCCUGUGGUUCUUUUCCCGAUCCGCAGGGCCUUGCUCCAGAUCUUCUUCCCUGACAAGCCUUUCCGCUGGUCCGUACACAUCGGCAUUGCAUUUUGUCUCCUCUUCUUGGUCAACAUACUUGUUAUCUCCGUGCCCUCCAUCCGCGACAUCUUUGGCCUCAUUGGAGCCACAUCUGCCCCCAGCCUCAUCUUCAUCCUACCUGGAAUAUUCUAUGUGCGAAUCGUUCCUGAAGAACAGGAGCCCUUUCUGUCCAGACCCAAGAUUCAGGCUGCAUGCUUUGCUGCGCUGGGAUUCAUCUUCAUGAUCAUGAGUUUGUCAUUUAUCAUCAUUGACUGGGUGACCGGAGAGAGUCGAAGUGGAGGCGGACACUAGCCACCAUGACUGAACAGAGAACUUACGAACAGAAUGCCAACCAAAGCUCUCCCUGUCAUUGAAUUACCCCAGAUCUGUCGAGUUCUCAGCCAAACAGAAAAUAUGACUGCGCAAGACGAAGGAUAUGUGAAGACCCCGCAAAACAAUAAAGAAAGUGUUUUGACAUGUGAUGGGGCAGACAAAAGGCCCUCUAAUGGAGGAGAGAACACAGAAACAUUAAGUACACAGCAGUGUGUUUUGACUGAACAAAACUUAUGUCACGCAUCUCAGUAAAGGAUGUUGUUUGGAGGCAUGUGUAGAAAUGCAAAAAAAAGAUGAAUGGCAAAAGAAUGACUCAAAUGGAAAUCCCAUUUUAGAGUAUGGAUGUGUACAGUUCCGUGGAAUAGCUCAGUCACUGCUAAAAUCCGUCCAAUCUACUUCCCUCCCUUUACAGGACAGAAAUUUGAUACCAUAGGGCAAUCAUUUCCCAGGAUUUUGCUUUUUAUCAUGCAAAAAAAAAAAUACAAAUUCAAAAUUCAGUUUGUUCAUUCAUCAGCUGCUAUUUCAUUACACAUUUAGGACUUUAAAUGUGUUGGUGCAGUGUUGUCUAAGUAUCCCUGAAUUGCACAGAUUCAGCCAAGUAUUAUCAGCGAGGGUUAGUCUGCAUGUCCACACCAACCAUUCCAAUCUACUUUCAACGAAUUUUACAUGGAGAUUAAAUAAUGUUCUUAAUGUGAUAUUUUGUUAAUCUAUUUUUCCACUUAACAUCACUAGCUAAGUUUGAGGUGACCUUUUCUGUAUAAUCAGAUAAUUUGUGGUGUUCAGCUGCUAUCCAUGAAGGUCAAACAGACAGUUACUGACAAUCACAUGUGAGUCAACAGACACAGAAAGGUAGUUUGUACAACAUCUAAGUUUUUAUGUAUUCCUGAGAAAACCUUCAGCUGCAAACCAAAGAAUUUAUCUAUUCUGUCACAUCUAAAUAGGGGGUAACACACUUUUUUUUACCACAUUCGGCACAGGCCAAUUGUACAUAAAAAAAAUCCAGUGUUAAAAUUGCUGUGUCUGUUUUAGCAGUCCAAAAAACUGUUCAGUAUGGUGAAUAAUAUAUGAUUUUUAAGUUAAAAUGACUCUUCUUUUUUUGUCUUGAAAGUUGAUCAAAAGAUAUUUUGACUUUGUUAUUCAUCCUGUACAUUUUUAAAUUAAUUUGAAUGUUGUUAUCUGUCAAUAAAAUAUGUCUUUCAUUUGUA